GAAGGACUCUGCACCGAGCAUCUCCGUCUGGUUAUAAUGGAAGAGGCGAGCGAACACCAGCAGCGACGCUCAACACACUGGGAGGACCGUCACACAGCGGAGUGUUUCCAUGCUUGACUUAAUGCUGUGAGCCUGUGGCUGGAAAAUAAAGCGAAACCAAACAGGAAGCUCUUCUUCGGUCGUCAUGGUGGUCACGGUCUACAAUAUCUCGUCCACCUCGGCCAGGGUGACGUGGCCCGCCUCCCCCGCCUGCCUGGACACCUUCUACAGCGUCAUGUACGACCCCAACUGGAACAGCCUCAUCAUGGGCUACAAGCGCAAGAGCUUCAAGCACGAGGAGCGCAUCCCCGUCAGCCAGACCGCCACCUACCUGGGCAACCUGCUGCCCCAAACCGCCUACUUCCUGUGCGUGACGUGCCAGGCCGCCAACCCCGUCCGGGAGCAGUGCCAGGUGUUCAGCACGCCGAGCGAGAGCAGCGAGGGCCACGACCGGGCGGGCUGGGAGGUGGCGGUGGGAGUGUGGCUGACCUGCUGCCUGCUGCUGCUGGUCAUCGCCGGCAUCCUGCUGUGGGGCUGCCUCCACAACAUGUGCUCCCUGCCGGGCCGCGCCGCCGAGAGCCGCCCCGUGGUGACGGCCUCCGCCCGCCAGGACAUGUCCAGCUCGGGACACCUGUUCCAGGCCAGGAGGAGCAGCAGCGAGGAGAGCAUCAAGCGGGCCGCGGCCAUGCAGACGUCGCUGAUGCUGGCGCAGCCAGGCGGCCAUGUAAUUACCCCGGAGCAUGAGGGCUGA